AUGCCCUCCAUCAACAUUUCAAAAAUUCAACACAUCAACAAAUCAUCACAAAAAAGAAUCAAUCAAAACAUCAACAACUCCAAUUACAAAGGAAAAAAGAAGUCACUGACAAUGAGUGACGAAGAGCUUUUGACAAAGACGAGGCAACGGAGAGCCAACGCAGGAUCGCGGUUGAAGCAAUUGUUGAAGGCCGAAGAAAUUGCGAACGAUGGCGACGAGGAUGAGAACGAGAUUGAUUUGUUAUUCCAAGAAGAUGAUGACGAUGCUGAGUUCCAGGUUGGUGAUAAGGAUAGAUAUGGUUAUCAAGGAAGUGAAGGUGAAGAAGGUGAGGAACAGGAUGGAAGUGGUGAUGAUGAAGCUGGAAGUGAUAGUGAUAAUGACAAUGAUGACGAUGAUGAUGAUACUCGUGCAAAAUCAAAAUCAAGACCCAGAUCAAGGUCUAGAUCAGCUAGUGUCAAGGAAGAUGGCAAAGAUGAACAAGGCGGUGAUGAUGAUGAUUCAGAUACAGGACAAGUAGAGGACAAUGAUGAUAUGUUUAGUGAUUCAGAAGAUGAUGAUUCUGGUGAAGACGAUUCAGAUGAAGGUGAACGAGAAUUACAAAAACAAGAACGUGCAAAGAAACGUCAAGCCCAGAAAAAGGCUAGACAAGUGCCCAAAAUCAUCAAUCAAAAGAAAACUACAUCAAAAUCAAAGAAAAAACCAAUUGAUCAACCAAAAGCUGAUACUUUAUUAUCAUUAAGUCGUCGUCAAUCAUCAAGAAUGACUGCUGUUCAAAAUAAAAUGGAUCUUGUGGAAAGAUUAAAAGAAGAUGAAGCACGUCGUUCAAGUAUAAAACCUGUUGCUAGAGUUGAAUAUGUUGAAUUAACCCAAGAGGAAAGAUUAAAAGAAGCUUUAGAAACUGAAAAAUAUAAUAUUUCAACAUUAAAUAAAUAUAAAGAACAAGAAAUUGAUAAGAAAAAGAAACAACGUGCUUUACAAUUAAGUAAACGUAAAAAAUUAGAAAAUAUCAUAUCAUAUAAAACAAUGCCAAUUUUUGUUACACCAGUUGAAGAACAUGAAUUAGAAAGAUUUUUAAUGAAUAGAGAUACCAUAAGAAGGAAAAGAGAUAGACGUGGUCGUAAAAGUGAAAAACAAAAAAGAGAAGAAGAAGAAGCUCGUGCUUUGGAAGAAGCAAGAAAGAAAAGAGCUGCAAUGUUUAUUAUUCAACCAAAAUCACCAAUUUCAAGUCCUGAACAAUUAAAAAAAUUAAGACAAGAAAAUUUGGAAAAAUUGAAAGAUUUAGAAUUACCUGAUAGUUCUGUACCUCCUGAAUCUAAAGAAAGUACAGUUGAACCAAUUGGAUUUGGUGGUCCAUUAGAGAAGAAUGACGAGAAAAAAGUUGAUGAAUUGAAAUCCGAAUUAAAAUCUGAAGGUGAUGAAAAGAAUGAUUCUACUGUGAAAGAUGAAGAUACAAAUGAAUCACAAAUUCCUAAAGAGUCUAAAGAUGAUACAUCACAAGAUACUGAGAUUUAUCAAGAUAAUAAAGAAUCAACCUCAGAAGAUGUUUCAAAAUCAGAAGUUGAAACUGUAACAAAAUCUAAAGAUGUUACAAAACCAGAAGAUGAUACUGUAACAGAAUCUAAAGAUGAAACAAAUGAUAAAAAAAGACUUUUAUCAACAGAUCAAGAUGAAGAUGAAAAUGAUCAUAAAAAAUUCAAAAUUACAGAUCCAGAAAGUAGUGAUAAUGAAAUAUUAUUAAUUACACCAAGGGAAUUUAAUGAAGAAAAGAAAGAAAAAAUUAAUGAGGAUGAUCAUGAAGAUGAUCAUAAAGAUGAUGAAAAGGUUGAUGAAGAGGUUCGUAAAGAUGAUGAAGCAAAGACUGAGAAGGAAGAGACCGAGAAUAAAGCUGAAUCUGAGGAAGCUAAAGCAACAUCUACAAAUCAUGAUAAAUCACAAGAUGAUGCCACACAACAAGACGAAACUGAAGAUAAACCUGAAGUGCCUAAUGAAAAUAAAGAUACUGAUGGUGAUAUCAAAAUUGAUGAUGCUGAACCUUUAAAUCAAGAAUCAAGUGAACUUACAAAAGAUUCAGCUUCUGAAAUCAAAACUGAAGAACCUGAAGAAGUCAAACCAAUCAAAUCAGUCAAAUUCUUAGAUGAUGAACCUGAUCAAAAAGAUGAAUCUAAUCAAGAAUCAAAAUCAAAAGAACCAUCAAUAGAACCAUCAUCAUCUCGUGAAACUUCAGAACCUAUUCCAGAACAACCAAAAAUUAUAUUUGAAGGACCUCCACAAAAAGUUGGUGCAAAUUUCAUAUCCUUCGAGGAAUUAACCAAAAAAUAUUCAAUUGAUGAAAUUAAAACCUUGUUAUUUGGUUCACAAUCAUUAUUAGGUCCAUUAAGGAAAUCUACAGAUGUUGAAACUAUAUAUAAAGUACGUGCAUCGGAUGAUCAAGAUUCCCAAAUUUCUUCAAACAAUACAGAUCUUGACGAUUUACCAAAUUUUGAAAUCUUACAAAGUUUCCCUAAAUUCGGUGAAUAUAAUAAAAUUAAAAAAGAACAAGUCAUCUUGGAAACCAGAAAAGAUAUUAAAAUUGUUUUAAAGACUCAAUCACCAUCAGGAAUUCAUUUACCUAAUGGUAAUAAGAAACAAUGUUUAAUUAGUGGGAAACCUGCAAUGUAUUUUGAUCCUAAAACUGGGUUACCAUAUGGUAGUGUUGAUGCUUAUAAAGUUAUUAAAGAUAUACAGAAUGGUUCAUGGGCUUGGGUUGAUUUCCCAACUGGUGGGUCUUAUGUUGUUAAUAGAGAUUUUAAAAAACAUGCAAAGGAUGUACCUGAAGGAUUUGAUGAUUAA